GCAGAAGGGGUUUAGGGUAAUAUGAGAUGUGCAAGGUCAACAACGUUGGGUUCAGGAAGAAAACGUAUAAAUGCACCGAUAAAUGAGGGAGGUACCGGAGUUGUUUAAGAAACUACGUUCAUCUUGAAACGGAGAUAAUGACAAGUUUGUGGAUACUCUUGGUGGCGUUGGUUGUCGUUGGUCUUUGCAAGGGAGCAGCUAUAGAGAAAAAACACAAACCAGCGAGAAAACAUGUAGAGCCUAGUCCUCCCUUGGGCUCUACGCUAUCACAAUAUUGGGGAAGGAAAAAGCGAGAAGUUGAAGAAAAUAGUCCAUCAUUCCUGGACCAACUGUUUCCCGAAUUACGAACGCUACAGCAAGAAAAUUAUUUUUUGCAAGGAACGGACAGAAUGAGAGGUUUGUCGAUACUCUUGGUGGCUUUGGCGGCCACCUGUCUUUGUAAGGGAGCAGCUAUAGAGAAGAGAGAAAUUGAACCAGCAGCAGAGGGACAGAUAGCACCAGGUCCUCCAAAUGUUGGCUGUCAAAUACCUUCACUUUGUGGAAGAAAAAAGCGAGAAGUUGAACAAGAAAGACCGGUAGAGGCUAUUCUUCCCCCUACCUGUAGUCAAGUACCCUCACUAUGUGGAAGAAAAAAGAGAGAAGUUGAACAGGAAAGUCCGGUAGAGGCCAUUGCUCCCCCGACCAAUAGUCAAGGACCUGUAAUAUCAGGAAGAAAAAAGAGAGAAGUUGAACAAGAAAGUCCGGUAGAACUUGGUCCUCCCCUAGGUUGUACUGGACCCGUCAGUCUAUGCGGAAGGAAGAAGCGAGAAGCAAAACCGGAAAGUCCAGUAAGAUCAUUUGAUGUAUUACAUGUUCCAGUGCUUUGCUUUGCUAUGCUAAACCUUGAUUGCAUACUUGUGACUAGAGUAUCUGAUCGAAGUAGCACCCCCUUACCAUUCGGGUUGCACUGGAUGCUCCAGCUUAUACGGAAGGAAGAAGCGAGAAGCAAAACGUCCAGUAAGAUUAUAUAA